AUGGUGUCGCGCUCGCGGAGCCCCGCGGACUCCCCGGGCUCCCGUCGGGGACGAGACAACGGCUCGGCCAGCCCUUCCCCAUCCCGGCACAGCCGCAGCCGCCGGUCUCGCUCUCGGGAGCGCAACGGCUUCCGGCAGCGGCUGGGGCGCCCGCACCACUUCGGUUACCGGCACGACCCGGAGCACUACGGCAAGGAGCAGGAGGAGUCGCUGCGGCAGAGACGACUAAAUGAGAGAGAACGAAUAGGCGAACUAGGAGCACCUGAAAUCUGGGGAUUCUCACCAAAACUUCCUGAGCCAGACUCUGACGAACAUACUCCCGCAGAAGACGAAGAAGGAUCAUCUAAAAAAAGCACCUCCUCCGAAUCCAGCUCAGAAGAGGAAGAGAAGAAAAGAAAGAAAAAGAAAAAGAAGAAAAAGGCUGCAGCGCGUAAGUUUCCUUCUUGUCUCCCUUUUUUCCUACGUAAUACUUCAGGUGAGGAGGAGAAAAGAAGAGCCAAGAAGAAGAGAAAGAAGCAUAGAAAGAAAAAGAGCAAGAAAAAGAAGAAUAAGAAGAGCAGGAAGGAUUCCAGUGACUCGAGCAGCGAAGAUUCGGACGAGAGAGCUGAGUGUGGAGAGGAGCUCUGGAUUGAGAGAUCAAAAAAUACAGACGCCGUGGAUUUUAUUGGUCCAGAAGCUCCCAUCAGUCACGCUUCUCAGGACGAGCGCCCUUUGAACUACGGUCACGCUUUGCUGCCCGGUGAAGGGGCUGCCAUGGCCGAGUACGUAAAGGCGGGCAAGCGGAUUCCUAGGAGAGGCGAAAUAGGACUUACCAGUGAAGAAAUUGCUUCCUUUGAGAAAUCUGGCUAUGUUAUGAGUGGCAGCAGGCAUCGGCGUAUGGAAGCGGUGCGUCUGCGGAAAGAGAACCAGAUCUACAGCGCGGACGAGAAGAGAGCCCUGGCUUCUUUCAACCAGGAAGAAAGGCGAAAGAGAGAAAACAAGAUCCUAGCCAGCUUCCGGGAAAUGGUCUACCGAAAAACGAAGGGCAAAGAUGAGAAAUGAACGACGUAUCCUCCCGAGUGACGGGCAAACGGGUGGGUCCUGACAUUGGCUUGUGCCAUAGGAAAUUUUGGGGGAAACAGUCCAUAGAUAUCCAGCCAAGAACCCUAAUUGGCCUGGUGAGGUCUUGGAACUAACUUGCAGGAUCUAUCCAACUUGCAACCCAAGGCAGGGAAACCAAAGCAGGCCAGUCAGCACCACCACAAUGCCAAAAAGCUACUGGGAUACUGUUGCUUUUUUGUGUUUGAGAAAAUAGCACUUUAAAAAAAAAAUCAGCUGAGGCAAAAACUUCCAUCAAUAGGGGUUCAGUAAAGUCUGUUUUCUAUCGACUUUGACAAGAAGAAAAUAUUAAGUCCGGAACGGAACAAGAAGAUCUCUUGUAGGAUGAGUGUAUUUUGUGAAAAAUGGCCAGAACAUACCCUGGGCCUAACUCUGUGCACCCAAAAGGCAGAAAUAGCUUUAAUGUUGACAGUUGCCUUUAUAAGCUUCCUGCCUCGAACAGACACACAAAUAGGAGUGGAUUGUUAAAACAGGGAAAAAUUGUAAUCUCGUUUUGUGGCUCAGACUGUCAAAAGCGUGGGUCGUCUCCUCCUUGUAAAUAGGAUCAGUAAAUCUGUCAUUUUGAGAUUCUUUGCAGAUUUAGUACUAUGUUAAAGUCUAGCUCAUAAUUUUGCAAAAGAGAAUGCUUUGAGGAUCAUCAAUAUAUUUCUCGCUCGAUUAAGUGUAAAUAGUUUUUUUUAGCAACGCAGAGGAGAUAAAUAUCCAUCUGAAUAAGUUUUUUUUAACCUUUACGUUUCUUCAAUGGCUUCAUCUACAGCCUAAAUAAAAUAUGUGGAUUGGAAUUCAUAGUUCCAUGUGCCAACUGCCACCUACUGGGGAGGGGGGGUGAGUUUCUGUUCCCUUUUUAAAUUUUUUAGUGCACCAUAAACUUUAGAAGCAUAUCUGGAGCUACAUUUUGAAACUAGGAAGAAAAGAAAUCCCAAUGUAAAUGCACCCCAGUAUCAAGGACAGCUUUUAUUGACUGCAUUCUGGACGGUCUUUUUUUGUUUUGUUUUGUUUUGUUUUUUUGGCACAGUUCCAGUAUGGUACACCACUCAUAAACUGUAUUUUUAAAAUUAAACAUCCUCCUAUGUAUAGUUGGCUGUGUGUUGCUUUUUGAGAUUUGUUCAGUAGAUGUCUAUCCACCUUUUCUUGGAGCUCGAGGUUAUGUACAGAGCCCACCUAUCCUCUCAAUAGCCAUGAGAGGCAGAUCCAGACCAAGAGAAGGACAAGGUCACCCUCUGACUUUCCAUAAACUUGGAGGUGGAUUCGAACAGGGGUUUUCUCAGACUUCUCAACUCCAGUGACUCUCAAGUCUUUGAAGUCAUUCAAGGUCAUUCUUUGAAAUACCUUCGAGCAGAAG